AUGCAAUCAGUAGUAACGUUCGAGAAGCCAUUACCGCAUCUAAGUCUACCAGAUUGGGAUGCACGAUUAUACGAUUUGCAGGUAACAGCAGACACUAGAAGAGCAGAUGCUUUCGACCUAAGACACGGGGCUCAUCAGCUCCGCAAUGAGACCAGGAUCAAAACCCAAUGGGACAGUUAUCAUAACAAUAAUCGUCUGAGAGCAAGAGUAUACGAAAUAGAGCAAUGGAAGUCCACUCUCCAGGAGCUAUUAGAUCGCUUGGACAGAGAGAUGAGCGCUCUCAAGGAAGAGAAAGCAUCCACUGAAAGAGAAUUGGAACAACUCAAUUUACCUCUAUUAGUUUGCUCUGAGUGUUUGUCGAAUAGAGAUGGCAGAAGAAGUUCGGAGCUGACUUAUGACUUGGCUGAUACUGAAUUAAAAAAGGAGCUCUGUGUAACGGAAAGCAAUAAGAAGAUGUUAAUUGAUCGAUGCCAAUCCGCGUGGGAAAAGAUCAACAAAUUAGAAGUAGUGAAGUUUAAGCUGCAACUCGACUUGAAUGAUAAGAACGAAGCACUGCAAAUAGACAAGGACAUGUUAAACUUAGAUAAGGAUUGCGCUAAUAUAACAUACAAAACUGACUCUCUCAAGACUCCUAAUAGGAUGAUAACCUAUGAACAAUGGCUGGAUAAAUGUGAAGCAACGAAACAGAUGGCGAUGGAUGAACUUCAAGAUACUUUACGUCUAAGAGAAUCUCUCUUUGUCGCUAGAGGUCGUGCUAGAAACGCUUUGCGCGCACAAACUGAUGUCACUAACUAUAUGAUGAGAAGACGCAUAUACGAUACACAAAGAGCAAGAAAUGAAUUGCAAUGGCAAAAAAUGAAGAUGGAAGAAAACAUGGAGAAAUUAGCCAACGAACUACAAACCAUCGGUGAACAAUUUGCAGAUAAAGUGAAUGCUCUAAAAGUGGCUGAAACCCGUCUAGAAACACGAGGUUACCGGCCGGGAAUCGAACUUGCGUCAGAUGAAGCAGAUAUAGGAUUGAAAGAAGAAGUUAGGAAUUUGAGAGACACUAUACGUCAGUUGCAAGAAAAACAAGACUGUGCCAAGGCCACAUACAACGCCCUCGAAGCUGCCUCGAUCAAGAUCGCGAUUGAUCUCAACGAUAAAGAACAGUCUCUCGAGACGGAUACGCGGGCAUUGGAAAUGAGGACAGCCUUAGAGCCCAAACGUCCGCAGGGGACGGACAAGAAUCUCAUCCUAGCAAGCAUGAAGGACGAAGUACCAAAAAUUGAGGGU